AUGGCAGCAAAGCUAAACCUGUCGGGGCCGUCGGAUUCAGACCAAUCGUCUCUAAACGACCAGUCUGUGUCCAACCGGAGCAUUAACAGAAGUCUGAGAGUCGCAGUAAAAGAGAAAAGGAAGAACGAGGCGGGGGACGCGUUUGUUCUGGCCCUGAAGUACUUCUCCGACGUUGAAGCAGGUACUCCUGUGCGGGGGAACGAUGACUUGGAGAGGAACCUGGUGCUUGUGGAGAAGGUGGCCUACAGUAAAGGGCUUUCCCCAGAGGCCAUCGCUAUUAUGCUGGAGUUUGCCAUGAGCCUCCGUAUGGGGACGAUUCUCUGUCCCCGGGUGCUGAAGUGUCUGAUUCCUGCCACUGUGGUGCCACAGGAGGCUGUUGUUCGAGCAGUGGCUUGGCUGGGUGUUGGCAAAAUACCUUUCGGCACACAAGUUCUUUUCAUAAAGUGGGUGUUGACCAUGUUUGACUUGAUUGAUGCAAAAGAUGACCUUCGUGCUAUCUAUGGCUUCAUCUUCAGCUUCGUCACAGAGGAAAAUCUGUGUCCUUACAUCUGCCAUCUGUUGUACCUUUUGACCAGAAAGGAAAGUGUGCGUGUCUUCCGAGUCAGGAAGCUACUGGAACUACAGAGUAAACUGGGAAGGCAGCCGUUCCUCCUGCACCUACUGUCACUUUACAAAGUGUUUUGUCCUGAACUGGUGACGCUCUCUAUUCCGUCACGAAUGAAGAGUGGAUUUAGGAACCACAAUUCGCCCUGGAAAUCAGUGUUGAUUGGUGUCCAGAAGAGGAACGGUUCCCAAGUUGCCUCCAGCAUCGGUUUGGCCUUCACGGAUAAAGAUAAGACCAACACUAGGAAACGGAAACACUGCCACCUGGAAUUGCCGGCUUUGAGUUCUGUAGUCAAUAAACAGGCUCAGACUGAGCUGUCCUCCAGCAGAAAGGUGGUCCCCCUCGUGCAGCUCCACUCCUUUGCUCAGCUACUGGAAAAUAUGCACCAUAUAGAGCUGCCCGCUCAGAUGGGCUCACUGCUGGGCUCCAGUCUGGCACUGCAGUACCUGGACUGUGUACAGGAUGAGUCUGCCCUCCUACGCCUCAACUUCUGGCUAGGCUACGCUCUCCACGAAGAAUUUUUGUUCUGCGGCGAUGGAGGAGCCUCCCAGAAUUCAGAAGAAGCUCUGCAGUUUUUGAACAAGUUGCUGUCCACACAGCACUUUCUCCAGGAGGGGUUUUCCAGUUCAGAGGCUUUUCUCUACAAAUUUCUCAAUGUGUGGGACGGCUCCCUCCUCCGCCCACAGAUCCUCGGCCUGCUGAGCAACAUUCCCGUUGUCCCCAGUUCUCAAAUCAGACAGCUCCUGUUUGAACCGCUCAUGCAGCUCUUCUUCACAUCCUCAAUGUUUUUCAAGUGUGGACUGAUGGAGUGUCUAAACACUAUGCUGUUGAAGUGGCUGACCUGGCACUCAGUGUAUGCUCUGGAGGACGACUUGGACAUCAGCCUCAACAGCCAUACCUCCAUAAACAUGACUCUUUCGGGGUUCAAGGAUUCAGUGAUGGAGCUGGUUCACUUCGUGGGUCGGCUGGCCUCUGUGGGCCUUCAACUGGAAGGCUGUCACUCUCUCCUCCUCAGCUUCAUCCUGGACUUCUAUGAGACAGUGUGUGACACGUUUCUGAAGUACGGACUCCCCCUCGUGGUGAUGCCUCCAGCUGGAGUUUUUUACCCCACCCUGUUCGCCGCUGACCCUGUUAGCGUGGACCGACUGGCCUACAUCAUGUACAGGUACAAGGUGAACUUGACAUCAGCAAAGAGUCAAGAAAAAGUCACAGAGCAGGCCUUUCACAUCAGCCGUCAGACGUUCCGUGAGUUCAACCACUACGUUGUCGUCAUGGUCAACUGCCUGUGGAACUCCAAAAUGUUUCAACCGGGCAUGGAUGUACAGCUGGGGGAGGAGCUGCUGCUCAAGAGCAACGUACCAGAAUACUGGACGAGCUUCGACCUCAUCCACCACCCCGCCUUCCUGAGCUACGCUGUCGACUUUCACCAGAGGUGCUGGCCAGGGAGGAAGGACAUGGACCUCAACUCCAUAAAGCAUUCCAAGCCGUGGAGCUGGUACCUGGAGUAUUUGUUCACUCAGGGUUAUGACGGCCUUAAACAGUUUGUUCAGAGCAAUAUCAGCCGGCAGCUGUCAGCAGGCGACGGGCAGGACAACGGCCUGUCCACGCAGCAGAGGUAGAUGCUCAACUCAUUGGAGAAGAAGAACAACCACUUAACCAAUUUUUUUAAAAGACUUGUACAUAUUUCAUCUCCUCGUGUCUUCCAAGCAAACAACUUGCAAGCGAUCUGAGUAUCUUUUUAUGUAUAUAGAUUUAUCUGUUUAUUGUGUAUUCUUACCUUUGGUAUUGUCCAUUGAGCAGUAAUAGACCAUAACGCCCUGGCGGCAAAUUGCCCAAAGCAGUGUCAGUAGUAGGUUUAAGUUCAGUGAAUGCAAGUUCAACAGAGAAUAUGGUAUUUUAAUUGCUAAAAACCUUGAAAGUGUAUCAGUGUAAUGCACAUUCAUCCUUCAGGAAGGUGAGAAAUAGCCACAAAAUAUUUUACAUCACAGAAAUAAAACACUGUAAGACUGAAGAUUUGACAUUUUGAUAGCAAACUACAGAAUAAGAACUAGUUUAAUUUAUUUUUCAGUAUUUUCUGUCAUUGUUAAAUGUUAUCACAUUGACCUUCAACCAGCUAUUACAUUGAAAAUGCAUUUUGCUUUAGCUUAGCAUUUGUUUUUGUGUUUAUAUAUUCUUGUACAGCUUGCCAUAUGCAAAACCUGACUCUUGCACAUUGUUGAAAAUAAAUAAGUGUAAGACUUUUACUUUAGAAGCAAAUAAAAUCAUUCUGUUUUGUUUUAAUAACGGUGCA